AUGAGAUUCGAGCACAAGCCUGAAUUAACUCAUCAUUUGUCUCUACCUAAGCUAUCCGAUAUUCAAGCCCGCUUCUACACCAAUGCAAGACCAGCAGCCCUCUUACCUCCGCCUCGUGCGCCGCUAGCCAGCUACGGGGCCACAAUACACGUCAUUCAUAGACAACAAUCCAGCGCGGUUUACAAGCUCUUGGGAACACGAAGAGACUACCCAAUCAACGACGGCAUGUUUAGCGCAAAGUGCCUAGCUCCCCGACCUCCCUGACCUCCCAGAGAUGCGCUAAUGCUGAUCCAUCAGGGAGAUUCUGACGCACGAGUAA